AUGGUGCAUUCCUUGAUUGAAGCGUAUUCCUUACUUGACCAGAUGAAGAUAGUCAAGCCAAAAACAGCCUCCAUGGAGGAGAUGGCCAGCUUCCACACGGACGCCUACCUGCAACACCUGCAGAAAGUCAGUGAGGAGGGGGAUGAUGACCAUCCAGAGUCCAUGGAGUAUGGACUGGGUUACGACUGCCCAGCCACCGAAGGGAUCUUUGAGUAUGCAGCAGCCGUGGGAGGAGCCACCAUCACCGCAGCCCAGUGCCUGCUGGAGGGCAAGUGCAAGGUAGCGAUUAACUGGCCUGGAGGGUGGCAUCAUGCAAAGAAAGAUGAAGCUUCUGGCUUCUGUUACCUCAACGAUGCUGUCCUGGGGAUCCUGCGGUUGCGCCAGAAGUUUGACCGUGUCCUUUAUAUCGAUUUGGAUUUGCAUCAUGGGGAUGGAGUUGAAGAUGCCUUUAGUUUCACCUCAAAAGUCAUGACUGUUUCUCUGCACAAGUUUUCACCAGGAUUUUUCCCAGGCACUGGUGACGUGACUGAUGUUGGCCUGGGGAAGGGUCGCUAUUACAGCGUGAAUGUACCUAUUCAAGAUGGCAUUCAGGAUGAGAAAUAUUACCAAAUCUGUGAAAUCGUGCUGAGGGAGGUGUACCCCGCCUUCAGCCCCGAGGCAGUCGUGCUGCAGCUGGGGGCAGACACCAUGGCUGGAGACCCCAUGUGCUCCUUCAACAUGACACCAGAGGGAGUGGGCAAGUGCCUGAAGUAUGUCCUGCAGUGGCAGCUGCCCACUCUCAUCCUGGGAGGAGGAGGCUACAACCUUGCCAACACAGCUCGCUGCUGGACAUACUUGACUGGGGUCAUCCUUGGGAGAACACUUUCCUCCGAGAUCCCUGAUCAUGAGUUCUUCACAGAGUAUGGACCUGAUUAUGUGCUGGAGAUCACACCGAGCUGCAGACCAGACCGCAAUGAGCCACAGAGAAUUCAAGAAAUUCUUAACUCUAUCAAAGGGAAUCUGAAGCAUGUUGUUUAGCGGAGUAGGAAGGC